AUGAAACUCACCACCACCCUCCUGCUCAGUUCCACCAUCGCCCUCGCCACAGCAAACACCUCCUCCAGCUUCCAAUGGCAAGCACUAACCGACGAGCCCCAAUUCAAAUAUGAUCCAAACACAAUCUCCCCCUGCGUCCUGUGGUACAACAACAUCGGCAUAGAGUCCUGCGAAUACACCCGCUCCGGGUUCGACAUUUCUCCCGAGGACUUUCACAAGUGGAAUCCUUCCGUCGGCUUAGACUGCAAGCCGUGGAACGUCGGGUCCUACUGCAUCGUCAGCGAGGGGAAACUGGCUAGUUUUAAGGCUACCGCCUCUAAAGCAGCAUCUACCAGCUCCAAGUCUGCUGCAGAGACUGCUAGCUCCAAGACUGGUCCCAUCACCACCAGCUCUAAAACUCCUGCUGUUACGACAACCACUGCUACUUCCAUCACCACUUCUAAGCAAUCUUCAGGGGCAGUAAGAAACCGCGGCGUGUUUAUUUAG